CCCUAAAUCCAAUUCUUUUCUUGCCACCGGAGCAAUCACUUUGCGUCUUUGUCCCACUCCACACUCAAAGCAUCCAUCUUUCUCUCUAUAUAUACAAAAAGAAGAAUGUACUCUCUCAUUCUCACUAUUACCACUACUGUGACAACAUUCUCAAACAUAACAAACAAGAUAGCGAAAAUCAAAGGAACUUGGAUCGUUUUUACUCAACUUGAAAUCAAAGGCAUUGCUGUUAUAAUUUCUAUUGCUUUUUGUGGAUUGGCUUGGUGUGAUUGGAGAUGGCGAGUUCGAGCGGGACCAAGAAUGAAGGAGGUCCACCGCGUUCGCUGUCUCGGAGAAUGAUGCGAGCGCAGACGAUGGUGUUGGAUUUGGCUGAUGAGGAUAGUCCUCUUGUUGAUAGUGAGGCUGUGCCGUCUUCUUUGGCCCUUAUCGCUCCUAUUCUUCGCGUUGCUAACGAGAUUGAGAAGGAAAAUCCUCGGGUCGCCUAUCUCUGCCGAUUCCAUGCGUUUGAGAAGGCUCAUAAGAUGGAUCGGACGUCGAGUGGACGUGGAGUUCGACAGUUCAAGACCUAUUUGUUGCACAGGCUUGAGAAGGAAGAUGAAGAAACAAAGCCUCAGCUUGCUAAAACUGAUCCGGGCGAAAUCCAGUUGUAUUACCAAAAAUUCUACAAGGAGAACAUUAAAGAUGCACAGCAUACAAAAAAACCAGAGGAGAUGGCUAAGAUUCUUCGCAUUGCUACAGUAUUAUAUGAUGUGCUGCAAACGGUCAUACCUGCAGGAAAAGUUGACAAUGAGACAGAGAAAUAUGCUGAGGAUGUUAAGAGAAAAAGGGGACAGUACGAACACUAUAACAUUCUUCCACUGUAUGCUGCUGGGGUAAAACCAGCAAUCAUGGAACUUCCAGAGAUCAAAGCCGCACUUCAUGCUCUACGUGAUGUGGAUAAUCUUCCAAUGCCCAGAAUUAGACUACCGCAUGAUUCCUCUAGUGACAUGCAUAAGGAAAGGGUUAUAUCUGUCAAUGACAUACUCGAUUGGCUCUCGUCUAUUUUUGGGUUUCAGCGAGGAAACGUGGCAAAUCAGAGGGAGCACCUGAUAUUGCUACUAGCCAAUAUGGAUGUAAGGAAUAGGAGUCUUGACGAUUAUACUACGCUCAAUAGUGGGACCAUACAACGAUUGUUGGAAACAAUUUUCAAGAAUUAUCGUUCGUGGUGUAACUAUUUGCGUUGUAAAUCAAAUCUUGAGUUUCCCACAAAGUCUGACAACCAACAGUUGAAGCUUAUUUACAUUGCACUCUAUCUUCUUAUAUGGGGUGAAGCUUCAAAUAUACGAUUCAUGCCAGAAUGCAUUUGCUAUAUCUUCCACAAUAUGGCACAUGAAGUCUAUGGAAUAUUAUAUAGCAACGGGCAUCCUGCUAGUGGGGAGACAUAUGAAACAACAACACCUGACGAUGAAGCCUUCCUGAGGAAUGUUAUAACCCCAAUCUAUCAGGUUUUGCGCAAGGAAGCAAGGAGAAACAAAGGAGGCAAGGCUAGCCAUUCAAAAUGGAGAAAUUAUGAUGACCUGAACGAGUACUUCUGGUCUGACAAGUGUCUCAAGUUAAAUUGGCCAAUGGACCUUCGAGCAAAUUUUUUUGUUCAUUCUGAUGAGUUGCCACCUGCAAAUGAGAGGUCUAACCAAGGUACUGGUGGAACGAGGAAGCCUAAGACUAAUUUUGUUGAAGUCCGCACUUUUUGGCACCUUUUUAGAAGUUUUGACCGAAUGUGGAUAUUUUUUAUAUUGGCUUUGCAGGCUAUGAUAAUUAUUGCAUGGAGUCCUUCUGGAUCUAUUGUAGCCUUUUUUGAUGAGGAUGUCUUCAAAAGUGUUUUGAGCAUUUUUGUCACUUCUGCAUUCCUUAACCUUUUGCAAGCUUCUCUGGAUAUAAUUCUGAGUCUUAAUGCAUGGAGGAGCUUAAAAGUCACACAGAUACUACGGUACCUUCUCAAGUUUGUUGUGGCUGCUGUAUGGGCCGUGGUUCUGCCAAUUGGUUAUUCCAGCUCUGUGCUGAAUCCAACAGGACUUGUAAAGUUUUUUAGCACUUGGUCUAUGGAUUGGCAGAAUCAGUCAUUUUAUACUUACGCCGUGACAAUUUAUUUGAUACCAAAUGUGUUGGCUGCUUUACUUUUUGUGCUUCCACCUUUACGGAGAACCAUGGAACGUUCAAACUGGCGGAUUGUCACUCUCAUAAUGUGGUGGGCUCAGCCAAAACUAUAUGUAGGCAGAGGCAUGCAUGAGGAUAUGUUCUCACUUUUAAAGUAUACUUUGUUCUGGGUCCUGCUGAUAAUUUGCAAGCUAGCAUUUAGCUACUAUGUGGAGAUACUGCCUCUAGUUGAACCGACAAAGUUGAUUAUGGAGAUUCAUGUUAAUAACUAUCAAUGGCAUGAAUUCUUUCCCCAACUUCCGCAUAACAUUGGUGUUGUUAUCUCUAUAUGGACUCCUAUUCUUCUGGUUUAUUUUUUGGAUGCACAAAUAUGGUAUGCCAUAUUUUCUACUCUUGUUGGUGGGAUUCAAGGAGCCUUUAGCCAUUUGGGUGAGAUAAGGACCUUAGGGAUGUUACGGUCCAGAUUUGAAUCCGUGCCUUCAGCUUUCAGUCGCCAUCUUGUGCCAUCACACGAGGACGCUCCGAGGAAACCUUUGGAUGAGGAAUCAGAAAGAAAAAAUGUUGCAAAUUUUUCACAUGUGUGGAAUGAGUUCAUAUAUUCUUUGAGAAUGGAAGAUUUGAUCAGCAAUCAUGAAAAAGACUUGCUACUUGUGCCUUAUUCUUCAAGUGAUGUCUCUGUCUUCCAGUGGCCUCCUUUUUUGCUUGCUAGCAAGAUCCCUAUAGCACUAGACAUGGCAAAAGAUUUUAAGGGGAAGGAAGAUGCUGAGUUAUAUAGAAAGAUGGAUGAGUAUAUGCAAUCAGCAGUGACUGAGUGUUAUGAGGCAUUGCGGUACAUAAUAUUUGGCCUUCUAGAAGAUGAUGCAGAUAAGUUGAUUGUCAGACUAAUACAUUACGAGGUAGAUAUGAGCAUACAACAACAUAUAUUUUUGAAGGAGUUCCGGAUGAGUGGAUUGCCUAUGCUUAGUGAAUAUUUGGAGAGAUUUCUAAAAGUCUUGCUAGGUGAUCAUGAUGAUGAUGACAUCUACAAAUCUCAGAUAAUUAAUGCUCUCCAGUCUAUUAUAGAAAUUAUCACUCAGGAUAUAAUGUUUCAUGGCCAUGAAAUUCUGGAAAGAGCUCACUUAAACACCUCGAGUGAUCAAAGUAGUAUGAAAGAACAGAGGUUUGGAAAGAUAAAUCUAAGUCUUACAAAUAACAAUUAUUGGAGGGAGAAGGUCCUCAGGCUUCAUUUACUUUUGACCACAAAGGAAUCUGCCAUAAAUGUGCCAUCAAACUUGGAUGCUCGCCGCCGAAUCACUUUCUUUGCAAAUUCCUUAUUUAUGAACAUGCCGAAGGCUCCAAAAGUCCGAGACAUGUUCUCUUUUAGUGUUUUGACUCCCUAUUACAAAGAAGAUGUUCUUUAUUCCGAUGACGAACUUCAUAAGGAAAAUGAAGAUGGGAUAACGAUUUUGUUCUACCUAAAGACAAUAUAUCGUGAUGAAUGGAAAAAUUUUGAGGAGCGUAUAAAUGAUCAAAAACUUAUGUGGUCUCCCAAAGAGAAGAUGGAAUUUACUCGUCAGUGGGUAUCCUAUAGGGGGCAGACCCUUGCUAGAACAGUGAGAGGGAUGAUGUACUACAGGCAAGCCCUAGAACUUCAGUGCUUAUUAGAAUUUGCAGGAGAUGAUGCCCUUUUGAAUGGCUUCCGUACCUUGGAACCUGAGACGGAUCAAAAAGCUUAUUUUGAUCAGGCACAAGCUCUCGCUGAUUUGAAGUUCACCUAUGUUGUUUCUUGUCAGGUGUAUGGGGCUCAGAAAAAAUCCACUGAACAACGGGACCGGAGUUGUUACAGCAAUAUUCUGAAUUUAAUGUUAGCGAAUCCAUCGCUGCGUGUUGCUUACAUAGAUGAAAGAGAGACCGCAGUGAAUGGAAAAUCUCAAAAGCUGUAUUACUCUGUUCUCGUCAAAGGGGGUGAUAAGUAUGAUGAGGAAAUCUACCGAAUCAAGCUUCCAGGUCCUCCGACAGAUAUUGGUGAAGGAAAACCUGAAAAUCAAAAUCAUGCCAUUAUUUUUACUCGUGGAGAAGCCCUACAGACUAUUGACAUGAAUCAGGACAAUUACUUUGAAGAAGCUUUUAAAAUGAGAAAUGUGUUGGAGGAGCUUAAAAAAUCUCAUCGUAGGAAACAAAACCCAACGAUUUUGGGUAUAAGGGAGCAUAUAUUUACUGGAAGUGUUUCAUCACUCGCUUGGUUCAUGUCCAAUCAGGAGACCAGCUUUGUGACUAUUGGCCAACGUAUCUUGGCUAGUCCUCUAAGGGUACGAUUCCAUUACGGCCAUCCUGAUAUAUUUGACAGAAUCUUCCACAUAACAAGGGGUGGCAUAAGCAAAGCUUCAAAAAUAAUAAAUUUAAGCGAGGAUAUAUUUGCAGGAUACAACACAACUCUACGUGGGGGAUAUGUAACACAUCAUGAAUACAUACAAGUAGGAAAAGGGCGUGAUGUGGGGAUGAACCAAAUAUCAUCUUUUGAGGCAAAGGUUGCAAAUGGAAAUGGAGAGCAGACCCUUAGCCGUGAUGUUUAUCGAUUGGGGCGACGUUUUGACUUCUAUAGGAUGCUCUCGUUCUACUUUACAACAGUUGGUUUCUAUUUCAGUAGCAUGAUAACCGUGCUUACUGUAUAUUUGUUCUUAUAUGGACGCUUAUACAUGGUAAUGAGUGGAUUAGAAAGGGAGAUUCUUAUGGACCCGAGCAUAAAUGAAAGCAAGGCCCUUGAACAGGCUUUGGCUCCGCAAUCCAUUUUUCAGCUAGGCUUGUUGCUUGUGUUUCCCAUGGUCAUGGAAAUUGGUUUGGAGAAAGGGUUCCGCACUGCUCUGGGUGAUUUUGUCAUUAUGCAGCUACAGCUUGCCUCAGUGUUCUUUACAUUCCAGCUUGGAACUAAAGCACAUUAUUAUGGAAGAACAAUUUUGCAUGGUGGUUCCAAAUAUCGAGCUACUGGGCGUGGUUUUGUUGUUUUCCAUGCAAAGUUUGCAGAAAACUACAGGCUAUACUCACGAAGUCACUUUGUUAAGGGAUUGGAACUAUUUAUAUUGUUGGUCGUGUAUGAAGUCUAUGGGAAAUCAUAUCGCAGUUCAAGUCUUUAUUUGUUCGUCACCUUGUCCAUGUGGUUACUGGUUGGAUCCUGGUUGUUUGCUCCAUUUGUGUUCAAUCCAUCUGGAUUUGACUGGCAAAAAACAGUGGAUGAUUGGACAGAUUGGAAAAGGUGGAUGGGAAAUCGUGGUGGUAUAGGGAUUGCACCUGAUAAAAGUUGGGAAUCAUGGUGGGGUGGAGAACAAGAACAUCUCAAGCACACGAAUAUCAGGGGAUGGUUACUUGAAAUAAUCCUCGCAUUUCGCUUCUUUAUCUACCAAUAUGGCAUUGUCUACCACCUUGACAUAGCUCAUCACAGCAAAAGUUUGCUGGUUUAUGGACUUUCAUGGAUAGUUAUGUUAACUACACUUUUAUUGCUUAAGAUGGUGUCAAUGGGGAGACGAAAAUUCCGUACAGAUUUCCAGCUCAUGUUCAGGAUUCUCAAGGCACUCCUAUUUCUUGGCUUCGUGUCGGUCAUGACUGUUCUAUUUGUAGUUUGUGGUCUCACAAUACAAGAUUUAUUUGCUGGCAUCCUCGCAUUCAUGCCCACGGGGUGGGCCCUUCUUCUUAUUGGACAAGCAUGCAGGUCGUUGUUUAUGUGGAUAGGAUUCUGGGAUUCAAUAAAGGAGCUAGCAAGGGCAUACGAAUAUAUAAUGGGCUUAUUGCUUUUCAUGCCAAUAGCCAUCUUGUCAUGGUUCCCGUUUGUCUCGGAGUUCCAAACUCGCCUGCUCUUCAAUCAAGCGUUUAGUAGAGGCCUCCAAAUUUCUAUGAUUCUUGCUGGAAAGAAAGAGGGAGCUGUAAAGAAAGAGGGAGCUGAUGCUGGAAAGAAAGAGGCUAGCUGAUGCAGGAAAGAAAGACGGAGCUGAUGCUGGAAGGAAAGAGAGUUUCCACAUUUCACGUUCUUUUUUGUCUUUUUAAUUUGUAUCUAAAAGUAGUUGGAGUCCAAGAAAGAUGGUAAUUACUCUUACAAAAUCCAUUGAUAUGAUGAUUUUCUUUUUUCGAUA